AUGCUUAACCAGGCCGGCGCGAACCCAUCACCGCUGCUGCAGGCGGCACUUCUGGCGCGUAGGGAGGAAAGCUCAGGAGGAAAGCUCAGGAGGAAAGCUCAGGAGGAAAGCUCAGGAGGAAAGCUCAGGAGGAAAGCUCAGGAGGAAAGCUCAGGAGGAAAGCUCAGGAGGAAAGCUCAGGAGGAAAGCUCAGGAGGAAAGCUCAGGAGGAAAGCUCAGGAGGAAAGCUCAGGAGGAAAGCUCAGGAGGAAAGCUCAGGAGGAAAGCUCAGGAGGAAAGCUCAGGAGGAAAGCUCAGGAGGAAAGCUCAGGAGGAAAGCUCAGGAGGAAAGCUCAGGAGGAAAGCUCAGGAGGAAAGCUCAGGAGGAAAGCUCAGGAGGAAAGCUCAGGAGGAAAGCUCAGGAGGAAAGCUCAGGAGGAAAGCUCAGGAGGAAAGCUCAGGAGGAAAGCUCAGGAGGAAAGCUCAGGAGGAAAGCUCAGGAGGAAAGCUCAGGAGGAAAGCUCAGGAGGAAAGCUCAGGAGGAAAGCUCAGGAGGAAAGCUCAGGAGGAAAGCUCAGGAGGAAAGCUCAGGAGGAAAGCUCAGGAGGAAAGCUCAGGAGGAAAGCUCAGGAGGAAAGCUCAGGAGGAAAGCUCAGGAGGAAAGCUCAGGAGGAAAGCUCAGGAGGAAAGCUCAGGAGGAAAGCUCAGGAGGAAAGCUCAGGAGGAAAGCUCAGGAGGAAAGCUCAGGAGGAAAGCUCAGGAGGAAAGCUCAGGAGGAAAGCUCAGGAGGAAAGCUCAGGAGGAAAGCUCAGGAGGAAAGCUCAGGAGGAAAGCUCAGGAGGAAAGCUCAGGAGGAAAGCUCAGGAGGAAAGCUCAGGAGGAAAGCUCAGGAGGAAAGCUCAGGAGGAAAGCUCAGGAGGAAAGCUCAGGAGGAAAGCUCAGGAGGAAAGCUCAGGAGGAAAGCUCAGGAGGAAAGCUCAGGAGGAAAGCUCAGGAGGAAAGCUCAGGAGGAAAGCUCAGGAGGAAAGCUCAGGAGGAAAGCUCAGGAGGAAAGCUCAGGAGGAAAGCUCAGGAGGAAAGCUCAGGAGGAAAGCUCAGGAGGAAAGCUCAGGAGGAAAGCUCAGGAGGAAAGCUCAGGAGGAAAGCUCAGGAGGAAAGCUCAGGAGGAAAGCUCAGGAGGAAAGCUCAGGAGGAAAGCUCAGGAGGAAAGCUCAGGAGGAAAGCUCAGGAGGAAAGCUCAGGAGGAAAGCUCAGGAGGAAAGCUCAGGAGGAAAGCUCAGGAGGAAAGCUCAGGAGGAAAGCUCAGGAGGAAAGCUCAGGAGGAAAGCUCAGGAGGAAAGCUCAGGAGGAAAGCUCAGGAGGAAAGCUCAGGAGGAAAGCUCAGGAGGAAAGCUCAGGAGGAAAGCUCAGGAGGAAAGCUCAGGAGGAAAGCUCAGGAGGAAAGCUCAGGAGGAAAGCUCAGGAGGAAAGCUCAGGAGGAAAGCUCAGGAGGAAAGCUCAGGAGGAAAGCUCAGGAGGAAAGCUCAGGAGGAAAGCUCAGGAGGAAAGCUCAGGAGGAAAGCUCAGGAGGAAAGCUCAGGAGGAAAGCUCAGGAGGAAAGCUCAGGAGGAAAGCUCAGGAGGAAAGCUCAGGAGGAAAGCUCAGGAGGAAAGCUCAGGAGGAAAGCUCAGGAGGAAAGCUCAGGAGGAAAGCUCAGGAGGAAAGCUCAGGAGGAAAGCUCAGGAGGAAAGCUCAGGAGGAAAGCUCAGGAGGAAAGCUCAGGAGGAAAGCUCAGGAGGAAAGCUCAGGAGGAAAGCUCAGGAGGAAAGCUCAGGAGGAAAGCUCAGGAGGAAAGCUCAGGAGGAAAGCUCAGGAGGAAAGCUCAGGAGGAAAGCUCAGGAGGAAAGCUCAGGAGGAAAGCUCAGGAGGAAAGCUCAGGAGGAAAGCUCAGGAGGAAAGCUCAGGAGGAAAGCUCAGGAGGAAAGCUCAGGAGGAAAGCUCAGGAGGAAAGCUCAGGAGGAAAGCUCAGGAGGAAAGCUCAGGAGGAAAGCUCAGGAGGAAAGCUCAGGAGGAAAGCUCAGGAGGAAAGCUCAGGAGGAAAGCUCAGGAGGAAAGCUCAGGAGGAAAGCUCAGGAGGAAAGCUCAGGAGGAAAGCUCAGGAGGAAAGCUCAGGAGGAAAGCUCAGGAGGAAAGCUCAGGAGGAAAGCUCAGGAGGAAAGCUCAGGAGGAAAGCUCAGGAGGAAAGCUCAGGAGGAAGCUCAGGAGGAAGCUCAGGAGGAAGCUCAGGAGGAAGCUCAGGAGGAAGCUCAGGAGGAAGCUUUGGAAGUCGCGGGCGGAGAUUUUAGAAGGUAUAGGGAAUUUGAGCUGAAAAAUAUGUAUUAUAGUAGCUAA